AUGAUACAGUGCCAAUGCGGCGCUGUAUCUCAGAACGCUAGGCUCCGAAAAGGGACGCCUUUGUCUUUGUGCCACUGUAACACUUGUCGCCACUUGACCGGAUUGCUUUGCACUUCAUAUUAUCCCGUUGAAGACUUUCAUACGUCAGAUAGCAUCCGAGUCUAUUCCAUCUCUGCUCGGUCUAACAUUUACUUCUGCACCACGUGUGGCUGUCAUGUCGCCCGGUCCCGAAAGACCACGCAAGGUCCUCUUGAAUGGGAUGUUGCAACCGGGGUUGUGGUGAGCUCGACGCAAGACUUGAAUCUCACUUACGAAUCCCACAAACACGUACAAGACACCCAAGAUGGGGGAAUCUCAACCUGGAUUGAUUUGACGGGUCAUCGCCAGGUGGAUCAGCACACGAUGUUCCGAGGGGAGGACUGGCUCCACCAAGAAGAUACAGGGGUAGCCGAUGACUUGCUUCAUGGAUCUUGCGCAUGCGGUACUGUCCGCUUUGAAAUCACCCGACCAGACUCGGCGAGCCGUGAGCCAAGCCGCUGGUUGCCGGAUCUCACGUUUCCCGACAAGACAACCCCCGACAGCAUCAAGCAGAACCCAUCCGACCUCAAAUGGUGGAUUCCCAACGACGGAUCCAAAUUCCUCGCGGGCACCUGCGUUUGUCGAUCUUGCCGUUUGAUUUCUGGCUUCGAGAUUCAGACUUGGGCCUUUGUGCCGAGAUCAAACAUAUCUUUUCUAGUCCCUGGGCCUGGGCCCGGUCAAAGUAUCACGCAGCCACUUGACUUUUCAACACUCCCACGAGGUAUUUUGCAGACUCACAGUUCCUCGCCCAAUGUGCUCAGAGAUUUCUGUGGUAAAUGCGGUGCAACAGUGUUCUGGCGUGAGAAGGGCAAACCAGACGUUCUUGAUGUUAGCGUCGGACUCUUUCAGGCGCGGGAGGGUGCCAGAGCCGAAAGCUGGCUUGAAUGGUGGACGGACCGUGUAAGCUUUUCGGAAGAAGUGGGAACCGGCCGUACUGGAUCGAUAGCAAGAACUGCGUCGAAUCUCGUCCAGGCAUUAGAGGACGGUUUGAAGGUUUGGAAGCAUCGUGAAUAA